CUACUGAGUCAAUCCUGAACCCUGUUGUCUGAUUCUUCAGUCAGUAAGACUGCAAGUUUCAGUUUGAAUUGUAGCUGCUCUGCAUAGCACCAACUAGAGCCUAUCUUCAGAUGAACAACUAUAAAACUGGAAACUCGGUGCCUUUCCCGUCUCCCAGGUUUCUGUGUUGAUGAAAGGAAAUCUAUAGCUGUGGUGCCUGUAAUGGUAUACAAUGAAGCAUAUCCUGUAUGAAAACUUCGUGAGUCAAAGAACUUGUAGGGGACUGAAAGUUGUCGAACCAUAAUUUGUGACACCAGGUGUUUUUUGGUAAGCAGCCAUUUGUGAUUUCGAAAGAUUAAGGCAGAUGGGAAGUCCCUUCUGAGAUUUUAACACAGCUCUUGAACAGCAACCUACACCAUGGACGUAAAGCUGGACCCUUCCCGAGAUGACCUGCCUCUCCUGGCUAACACCAGCCACAUACUUGUGAAGCACUAUGUACUGGAUUUAGAUGUGGAUUUCAAAAGUCAGAUCAUUGAGGGCACCAUAGUGCUGUUCUUUGAGCCUGGAAACAGAUUCAAGAAACAGAGUAGUUCCAUCGAGGAAACCUGCCAAUCAGAGUCAAAUGAAGCCUGCAAAUUUAGGAUGCCUGAACCCUGCCACAUUCCUGUGACACAUACAAGUACCUUCUCAUCUAAAAUGGGAUAUGAUGGUUUUUCAGUCUGUGGUAAAGGUGUAAAAGAUACUUCUGGUAAAGAUGGUAACCAUGACAACUGGGAACAGGCUUCUGGGAUUUCUAGUUCAAAGUACUGCUGUGACACAGGGAAUCAUGGGAGUGAGGAUUUUUUGCUAGUGUUGGACUGCUGUGAUUUGUCCGUGUUAAAGGUUGAGGAGGUGGAUGUUGCCGCUGUGCCAGGUAUUGAAAAAUUUACAAGGUCUCCCACGCUCACGGUUCUUUCUGAGGAGCUCAGGAAUCAGAUUAUACGGGAACUUGUGACUCUGCCUGCAGAUCGUUGGAGGGAGCAGUUAGACUAUUAUGCUCGCUGCAGCCAGGCUCCUGGCUGUGGGGAACUCCUGUUUGACACUGACACUUGGAGCUUACAGAUCAGGAAGACAGGGGCUCAGGCAGCUACUGACUUUCCUCACGCCAUAAGGAUACGGUACAGAACCAAACCCCAGGGGCGAUCAGUUACAUGGACUUCAGACCAGAGCGGCAGGCCAUGUGUUUAUACUAUGGGAUCUCCCAUAAACAACAGGGCCCUUUUUCCAUGCCAGGAGCCACCCGUUGCCAUGUCAACAUGGCAGGCUACAGUUCGAGCAGCUGCAUCUUUUGUUGUUUUAAUGAGUGGGGAAAAUUCUGCCAAGCCAACACAGCUUCGCGAAGGGUGCUCGAGCUGGCAUUACUACAUAACCAUGCCAAUGCCAGCCUCCACCUUCACCAUUGCAGUGGGAUCCUGGGAAAGAAUGAAGCCAGAGACCUGUUUAUCAAAUGAUCUGGCAACAGAGAGAUCCCUCUCAUCUUCUGAGGCUGAUUUCAGGUAUGUUGGCGUUUGUGGUCACAUGGAAUACCCCUGCCGCUUCCAGAAUGCUUCUGCCACCACCCAGGAGAUCAUUCCUCAUCGGGUUUUUGCCCCAGUGUGCCUCAAGGGUGCCUGCCAAGAGACCCUUCUGCGGCUGAUCCCUCCUUGCCUCUCAGCAGCACACUCUGUCCUGGGAACACACCCGUUCUCCAGGCUGGAUGUACUCAUUGUCCCUGCCAACUUUCCAAGUCUGGGGAUGGCCAGCCCACACAUCAUCUUCCUCUCUCAGAGCACCCUGACAGGCAUGAGCCAUCUCUGUGGGACCCGUCUCUGCCAUGAAAUUGCGCACGCCUGGUUUGGCCUAGCCAUUGGGGCCCGCGACUGGACGGAGGAGUGGCUGAGUGAAGGGUUCGCCACUCACUUGGAAGAUGUGUUCUGGGCCAGAGCACAGCAGCUGGCCCCCCGCGAGGCCCAGGAGCAGCAGGAGCUGAGGGCUUGCCUGCGCUGGCGGCGCCUCCAGGAUGAAGUGCGGAACUCCCCCGAGGAGAUGCAGGUGUUGAGACCCAAUAAAGAGGAAACUGGCCGCGUGAGUGACUCAGGAUCGUCUGUCAUCAAACACGGUCUCAAUCCGGAGAAGGCCUUCAUGCAGGUUCAUUAUUUAAAGGGCUAUUUCCUUCUCCGGUUCCUUGCCAAAAGACUUGGAGAUGACACCUAUUUUUCAUUUUUAAGAAAAUUUGUGCACACAUUCCAUGGGCAGUUGAUUCUUUCCCAGGAUUUCCUUCAAAUGCUGUUGGAGAACAUCCCAGAAGAAAAGAGGCUUGAAUUGUCUGUUGAAAACAUCUUCCGAGACUGGCUCGAGAGUUCUGGAAUACCACAGAGCUUACAGCUAAUGUGGCAGAGCCUGGAUUCAAACCCAGCCAGGCUCUCCCGGCUUCUCCCUCAAGAGGUCGCGAAAUGGAUUCGAGUGAACCGGAGACCCCGAAAACGAAAACGAAGGGAGACCGAAGAAGUGUUUGAGAAGCUUCUUCCAGACCAGCUGGUCUGGCUUCUGGAGUGUCUCUUGGAGCAGAAGACCCUGAAGCCCCGAACUCUGCAAAGCCUCGAGAGGACGUACCACCUCCCUGAGCAGGAUGCAGAGGUCCGCCAUCGGUGGUGUGAACUCGUUGUUAAGCACAGAUACACAAAAGCAUACAAAGAUGUGGAAAGAUUCCUUCAGGAAGAUCAGGCCAUGGGCAUAUACCUGUACGGGGAGCUGAUGGUGGGUGAGGACGCCAGGCAGCAGCAGCUCGCCCGCAGGUGCUUCGAGCUGACCAAGGAGCAGAUGGACAGAUCCUCAGCAGAGGUGGUGGCCGAGAUGUUAUUUUAAAGAGGGAUUACCACGCAACCACGACCUUGGCUGCUCCUCCAGAAGCCAUAGUUAUCUCUCUGCAGUUCGGAGAACAGAUGCGUCUCAUAGCUCCUCUCUGGAAACGGAAGAAGCCAACAGCCAUGGAAGAUGCUCACCGGCCCUUUCAUUUUGCCCAGCGACGACCUCUCUGACGAGGUGCAGAGCUUAGCUGAUUGGUGAACAGUGACUGGUUUCCGCUUUGUUCACAGUGGCUAAGUUCUGCACCUGAAGAGAAGGUGAGAUGGGGACAGUUAAGUUGGAGACACUGGGGCAGAGGCCGCGGCUGAGCGGGCAGCUCGGCUGCCGAGCACAAUUCUGGAGGAUGAGAGACCCGCUCGGCCCCAAGGACGCGCUUUCUCCUGUUGUGAGUGCAAAGAGCUUACGAAAAGUCUACGGAAAUAUAAAUCCACUAAUUAGGUAUCUGUCUCAAAGGUCAAAUGUAUUUAAAACUGAAAAAUUAUUCUUACAAAAAACUAAAACCACGUGUAUCACGAGAGUCCAGUAGAACCAUGUCCGUGGUUGGUCGCAUGUGAGGAGGCCUGGGGGCUUCCGCAGGAGGCCCCUGCUGUCGCCUCCCGAGCGUGGUGAACUCUCUCUUGUGUUUGCAGUCUAGGUGAGUGUCUCCUGCCGCGAGCCCGGCCGAGGCACUGCUUCUCUCCUCCGGCUGUCGAUUGGACCCGCCCUCCGGUGCCUACUGAGCUGAUAUCAGUUCUCAUUUUACACACUGGCUCAGUUCAGCAGGAACAGGAGUCGAGCCCUAGAGCGAAAAGCCUUCCUGUGUGUAAGUGCCAGAGGCUCCGGAGCCGGACUCUCCUCCCUGAAGGCAGGCCCGACGGCGGUGGCGCCGGCUGCGUGGGCCCGUGGCGCGCUGGUGGCACCCUGCAGCCUGCGGCCGGAGAGGAGGGCACCUGCUACCCAAGGGCCAGGUGCCCCUCUCCCGGGGCCCUCACGCGGUCGGAGAGCCUUGGGAGGGAGCACGGCUCUUCCUGGGCUCUGUCUGUGGAUGAAGCCUCGGUCCCCGCCGCUGCCUUUCAGAGCCGUGUGUGAGCCAAGCGAGAGCACACAGCUCAACUUAAAAUCUGCUCUUCAGGCCAUGAGGCCGGGCCUCACCCGUCCUCCACACUUUGCGGGGUCCUCUCUCCGAAGCAGGGAGCACAGGUCCCAGAGGGACUCAUUUGGCAGAAUUCCUCCGUUGUGACUGGGCAGUAAAUUUUCUUGCUGUUUCCUUUGCAGGAAAGAUCACAGCCAGAUUCUCUUUCAUACAUCUACUCCUGGCCCUGGUGGGCCCAGGAUCCGUUGACCCUGGACAUCAAAGGAAGGAUUACGGGGCUGCUGAGGCCAUCAGCCGACAGCAGGGGCCACGUCUUGGU